AUGCCAAGGUCACGUCUUGCGCGGAUGAGCAACCAGUCAAUUGGUGUCAAGCAGAUCGAGUCGCGAAGACUAUGGGUUACCUGUUUGGCUUGGGAGAGGCGUCGUUUCGGCUUGGUUGGAGGUGGCGUUCUUGACGAAGACGACGACGACGAGGAGGAGGAGGAAGCGGACUCCAAACCACUGGACCGUCGACUCAGAGGAAAGUUGGACGCCGCCGCUGAGGUGGUCCGACUGUCGAUGGCAAUUGUCGAGUGCUUCGACGCCGUUGAUGAGGACCGCGAGGUUGACGAGGAUCGACUUCGCGACACCCUGGGUCUCCUGAUCCAGAACCGAUGCGCAACACUUACCGAGGCGGUGAAGGGGACGAACUGGCCGAGAACGUGGUGGGAAGACGUCUCGUCUGGCGUCGGUGCCUACGUGGUGGCGGCGGCGACUGGUGCUGAACCCGACGCAAACGCCGAUCGAAAUGACCCCUUCGUCGAAGAGCUGUCGUCGUGGCGACAUGCCGAUCGGCCUCAGUCGUUGGAGAUCUGUUUCUCCGACGCUGGUGUCUCUGAAAAAGGAAUCACGCAAUUCGAGAAAUUGAUAGCAGAGCCUUCUGAAGGUGUAUUUGCCGGAUCAUCACGCCAGAGGCAGCCUCAUACCCUAGUUAAUCAGCUGAACGCUCCACACACAAAACUAGCGGUGUUGACCUAA